GAUCUUCUGACAGUUACUGUGUGUGCCCAGCAGAAACUUGAAACUUGAUCUGCCAUCAGAUAGUUACACCUGGUCACACUAGAUCCAAAUUGCAUUUUAGCUUCAAAACAAAAAACAACGAAUAUCCUGAUCGUGUGUUCAGGAAACCCAGGAAAGGACUGUCCACAGGAGGAUGCCGUUGGAGGGGCUGUGCAUCGAGCUGCGCCCGAACCUGCGCAGUGGCGUGGUGUUCCUGCAAUUCGACCAUGACAUUGGCACCUGUAAUCAGACGCGCCUCGUCAUAAGGGAGCACAAUGUUUACAUUUCCGAGGGUCCCGUCAAGACGUCCACGCCCCGAUCAGAUAGCGACAGUGAGGAGGAGUACCACGAGGAGGAUGAGGAGAACUCGCUGGUGAUCAGGCACGACUGCUUCGGCAUGGACAUUGGCUGCAUCUCGGUGUUCGUAGUCACUGGGAGUCACAUCAGCUUCCGCUUCAACUAUUCCCAGAUAGACCUCGACGCUCUGGAUGCUGGCUCCGUGCAAGUGGCCAUGGAGCCACUGCUUCUCUCCUGCCGGGAGGACGAUCCCUUCGCCCUCACCUGUCGCAAUUGUAGCGCUGAGUUGGUGGAGAAUCGAGGAUACCGGAGGCUUCGGGAGUUUCCCAGCUGUGUGGUUGAUCCCGGGGAGUUCUUCUGCCACAAUCAUGGAUCGGGAUGUGACAGCAAGCCGCCCAGCCUGGUGCCAGCGGAGACAGAUCUCUUCUACGGCCUCAACUAUGUGGUGGUGAGUCUGAGCCAGACCAAUCCCAACAUCCUGAUACGCGAGGAUCAUCUGUAUUGUCGACGCUGCAUGCGGUUCCUAGGCCUGGCCAUCUUCAACGGAGCGGCUGCCCGACUCUGGGCGGAUGCUGUGAGCUGGCUGCCAAGCGGUGGAGGCAGUACAUCCCUGCCCAGACACUUCUUCAAGAGCUCCUCGCUGACGCAGCUGGUGAAGAGGCUGCUCCACUCCCUGUGGCCCCAGCCGCUGCCGCAGCUCUGCCUAAGCACAAGUCGGGCGGCGCUGGUCACGUCGAUGCCCAACCGCUGCCACCGCUACAUGCUUAUCCACGUGGUGGAGUCCCAGCUGCGAGUUCUGCGCCGCGUCCAGCCUCAUUCGAAUAAACUCCGCUGCUAUCGCGCCUGCAAGCUAUACUUUGGGCUCUUCGGAUCCUCUUCCAGCCAGGAGCAGCCGGAACUGAUGCAGCAGUGGCAGACGGAGCAGACGCUGCCCCAAAUGGAGAUAUCGCCGGACAUGUUCCAGGCCCUGCAGGAGCGACUCGAGGCUAAUAGCCAGCUCAUACCAUUGGCCUGGCGCUUCAACGCGCCGGAUCAGCAACUGCAGAUGUCGUACUUCUUCUACGAGAACGAAGAGGACCCGGCGGAGAAUGUGCAAGUGGAUUUGAUGGCUUUGACCAAAAUGAAGCUCGAGGACCAGUACGAGACUGACGCGGGGCAUGCCAGUGAGAGCGAUGACGAGCACUCGGACACGGACUCGGAUGCGGGGCACUCGGAUGCGAACAGAAAACGUCCCAUUAAGCGCUAUCCGCCCACUCCGCCCCGCCUCAGUCUCAAUCUGUCGCAGUCCUCCUCUACCUCUUCCUCUUCCGCCUUCUCGGAGGGAAGGAAGUAGUCUCUAGACUAGUUUAAUUUUUUAUUUUUGAGUUUUUUUUUUGUUUUUUUCGGUUUGGUUGUACAAUGUACAUAGUUUUUAGAUCAAACUUGAUCCUUUUUAAGUUUUCCACAACCAGGUUCUAAGUUCUUGGUGUUAGUUUAAGAAGAAAGUUGAAUUUCGAUUGAUAUUUUGAUAUUUAUUCGUAAAUACGAAAGAUUUCUAAACUCCCCAUAUCGAAGAACCAGAUCUGUUCUUUGGUUUUCCGAAUUUCAAAACAAGGUGCGAGAUAUUUCUUAGUUUAAGAAGAAAGUUUUGAUUUAUUACUCGACACAAUACAUAAUUUUUUCUAGUAUAGUUUAACAAACGGUUUGCAACAAGUAUUAGCUGGAUAAACACUUUCGCGACUGUCCUUACAGCCGUGAAACGCACUGCUUACAAUCGAAAAAAUAUUGCUUUUGUUUUCUGUACAGACUUCGGUUCAAGUUUCCAAUCCCUCACACCAUGAUAUCCAAAAGGAAGAGCAAUUCUAUGAGAUAUUUCGAAAAAAGAACUGAAAUAGUUUUCCAAAAUGUGACUUAUGAGGUGGUUAGCUUCGAAAACGAUACAAAAAAUGAAGAAAUCUUCACGAGGAGGGGCUAAGCCCCGCCAGGACUAAGAAGAAAAUAUAUAUGUAUUUAUCGAAAAUACGAAACUAUUAUUGUCAAAUGUUCGAGAGAAGGAUGUAGAACGGGAUUUUUUUCGAGAACUCUGAUGUUAACUAAACUAUAUGUAUACUAACUAUAUUUAUGGAAAGCCAGGGGGACGAAUGUGAGGAGUACAGUGGAGUACGGUAGUCCACUAGUCCAGAAGAACUGCAUCAUGGCCCGCACACUCGACAAAAUGUGAUUGAAGACGCUUCGGGUAAUCCCAACUUGUGUUUAGUUUUAAGCGAAACUCAUGUGUUCAUCCAAAACAGAGGAGAGAGUGAGGAGAGGGCGAUGGCUGGCCGGGAUUACCUGGCAGCGGAGAGGGGAAUAAGUCAAUAAAGUCGGAUUCAUGUAAUCAUUGUAGUAGAAA